AUGGCCUCGCGCCGCCGCACCCUCCUCAAGGUCAUCAUCCUCGGCGACAGCGGGGUUGGGAAGACUUCCUUGAUGAACCAAUAUGUGAACAAGAAGUUCAGCAACCAGUACAAGGCUACGAUUGGCGCCGAUUUCCUCACCAAGGAGGUGCAGUUCGAGGACAGGCUCUUCACCCUACAAAUAUGGGAUACUGCCGGUCAGGAGAGGUUUCAAAGUCUUGGUGUUGCAUUCUACCGCGGAGCAGAUUGUUGUGUUCUAGUUUACGAUGUUAACUCGAUGAAAUCAUUUGAUAAUCUGAACAACUGGCGUGAAGAGUUUCUAAUUCAGGCUAGCCCAUCAGAUCCUGAUAACUUCCCUUUUGUUCUGCUGGGUAACAAAGUUGAUGUAGAUGGCGGGAAUAGCCGUGUGGUCUCUGAGAAAAAGGCAAAGGCAUGGUGUGCCUCUAAAGGGAACAUCCCAUACUUUGAGACUUCUGCCAAGGAUGGAAUCAACGUGGAGGAAGCUUUCCAGUGUAUAGUAAAGAAUGCUCUGAAGAACGAGCCAGAGGAAGAACUGUAUAUGCCGGACACCGUGGACGUGGUGGGUGGCAACCGGGGUCAAGGAUCAUCAGGAUGCUGUUAG